AUGCAACAGUUGCUGUUGAAAAAAGCCGAAUUGGAGAAACAAAUCCAAAUGGAAACAAUUCAGUAUAACACAAAUUUUGAGGUGUACACGCAAUUAAACAACGAAAUUAAAGAGAGUAUGGGGUCGGGCGGGAAUGGGUAUAUGGAGGAAAACGACACGGAACUCCAACAAUUGAUCGAUGAAGAAAGACAACUGAGGUACCAAGUCUUUCUGAAGGAAUUUGCAGGACUUCAAAAGAAGAAAUACGAUAUGUCCAAUUUCAUUCUGGCCCCACAAGUUGUGCCAGAACAACCCACAAUCAAUGUUGCGCCAAUUGUCGUCGAAGAGGUGAUAAACGCGCAACCGAUUUUUUUGGUUCUCCCGUGUUUGAUCGCGAGUGUUGUUGAUACAAGAAAAAAAGACAUAUUGAAGGUGUGUAAAUGCACAAAAGUCGGUCUCCGAUAUGAGAGUGAAAAGAAGGUGUUGACACCCCAGAACGUCGAAGACGCCAUUAUUAACACUCCACGAAUACUUUGUGUUGUUCAAACUAAGUGCGGCAACAUCUUCUUUUUCUAUGUCGAGGAAAAUGGAGAUACGAAUGAAGUCUUUGUUGGCUCUUUGGUUUCGCCACUUGUUGGGAUAAAUGAAGUUACAUUAAACAGUAUUGGGCAUGCGUUCUCGUAUCGAAACGAACUAGUUUUUGGAGAAAUCGUUCUUUCUUUUGAUGGAAAAAUCCGUGGCAACUUAGACGCACUCUCCGUUUCAAAUGAAUUCACGUACUUGAGCCUUUACAAAGUUUUUAAGUGA